UAUCGGGCUAACAGAUUAUGUUGGCUCCCGCGGAACCCUUCAAGCGAUGAAACCUAGGGGAUUAUGGGUCCAGUUUGGCGGUGGGCUGAGCGUAAGCCACCCUCCGUGGCUCUUUUAGGCGGAGACGAAGAGAUGUCCUAUUUACGACUGUGCUCAUCACUCAUGGUUCUAUGAAGAAAAACUCACCUUCUUUACAUCUCGCUCUAUCUCUCUUCGUCACUGCUGUAGCCAUUGGAACCUUAUUGUCGUUUUCCUACGCACUAUGUCUUCUGCUCCCAAGGCCAAUGUCCCCAAGAUCGAUGUGUCACCCUUGUUUGGUGACAAUAUGGAGGAGAAGAUGAAGGUCGCGCGCGCGAUUGAUGCUGCCUCGCGCGACACCGGUUUCUUCUACGCGAUCAACCAUGGAAUCGAUGUGAAUCGACUCUCGCAAAAGACCAAGGAAUUCCACAUGUCCAUUACAGAUGAAGAAAAAUGGGACCUUGCUAUUCGCGCCUACAACAAGGAGCACCAGGACCAGAUCCGGGCUGGGUACUAUUUGUCUAUUCCAGGCAAAAAGGCCGUGGAAUCCUUCUGUUAUCUGAAUCCUAAUUUCAAGACGGACCACCCUCGCAUCCAAUCGAAGACACCUACUCACGAGGUCAACGUGUGGCCCGACGAGACGAAGCACCCGGGCUUCCGCGACUUCGCCGAGCAGUACUACUGGGAUGUGUUCGGGCUCUCAACAGCUUUGCUGCGAGGUUAUGCUUUGGGACUAGGCAAGGAGGAGGACUUCUUCAGCCGCCACUUCAAGAAGGACGACGCUCUCUCAUCGGUCGUUCUCAUCCGUUACCCCUUCUUAGACCCCUACCCACCCGCCGCCAUUAAGACCGCAGCGGAUGGCACCAAAUUGAGUUUUGAAUGGCAUGAAGAUGUGUCGCUCAUCACCGUCCUGUACCAAUCCAACGUGCAGAACCUGCAAGUGGAGACUCCUCAAGGUUACCUUGACAUCGAGGCAGACGACGCCGGCUACCUGAUCAACUGCGGCAGCUACAUGGCACACAUCACCAAUAACUAUUACCCCGCCCCCAUUCAUCGGGUAAAAUGGGUGAACGAGGAGCGCCAAUCACUUCCUUUUUUUGUUAAUCUGGGCUUUGACGAGACGGUCCAACCGUGGGACCCUCGGCACCCCGACGGCAAGACGGAGAAGGAGCCAGUGUCCUACGGCCAGUAUCUGCAGAACGGCUUGGUUAGUCUGAUCAACAAGAAUGGCCAGACCUAGCAGGAGGGCUAGCCGAAGCUACCUAGUCAUAAAUUGAUUGCCCUAAUGCAGAAAUAUGCACAUCUUACGUAUUGGUUCGAAAUAGUUUAUGCUGCAGCCGAUGGCCCCAUCUAGAAGAAGACCGUGAACUGCCAGCCUGUCCUUCUUGUCUUGUAAGAUGAUACUGCCAAGAGGUUACCUAAUACAUUGCUUUCUUCAGCUCCAGUGUGCCGAAGCCAUUCCCUUGGCAUUUGCCACUACGUGGAUGACUUUUUGUUUGCUGAAUUGACCUCCACAGCUUUACAUAC